AUGUCCUUUCGAAAAAGGAAUACCGUGAUUGGCAUCGCUGGGACUACACCAGAACCGCAUCGAGCCAAAGUAUCAGUCCCAGGGACCAGGCCCUCUCCUCAUGAUGGCAGGCUCACCACAUCUACCGGCACUUCAUCCCUGGAUCAGCUCUUAGCAGGCCAUGCCGGACUACCUAUGGGAACCUCUCUUCUAGUUGAAGAGUCAGGCACGACAGAUUUCGGUGGGAUUUUGCUUCGCUACUUUGCUGCCGAAGGACUGGUUCAAGGUCAUUGUGUGCAUGUCUUGGGAUUUGGAGAUCACUGGCGACGUGAGCUUCCAGGGCUGGCAAGCGAGAGCCGAUCUAAAGACUCCAACAGUUCCAAGUCUUCGGACAGCAAGAUGAAGAUUGCUUGGAGGUAUGAGGCGCUGAGCAGCAGAGCUACACCCUCACGAGACUCGGCAGAAGGCAUCGCCCCAUUCUGUCACACGUUUGAUCUCUCGGCUCGCCUAGAGGACAGCGUUGCUCAGGGCCAGUUCUAUACUACACGCGGCAGUGGCAUGGAUCCAACGCAGUCACCAUUCCGGCGAUUUAUCAGUGACAUCACAGCCAGGCUGAAGAGCUCACCCCCAACUUCUAUCCACAGAAUUGUCAUCCCAAGUAUACUCUCUCCAACUAUAUAUCCCCCGUCAGCGUGCCGGCCGCAGGAGAUAUUGCAGUUCCUGCACCACAUCCGAGCUUUGUUACGGCAGUUCCCUUCGAGGGUUGUUGUGAUGAUGACGCUUCCCGUCUCGCUAUAUCCCCGUUCGACGGGGCUUGUUCGACGAGCAGAGCUUCUCUGCGACGGUGUCGUGGAGAUGAUACCGCUUCAACAACAGCCACAUCACCCUGUUGACCGAAACUCGUCAAGUGAGAAUAAGGCACAGGGGCUCUUUAGAAUCCACUCGCUGCCUGUUUUCCACGAGAAGGGAGGAGGUCUGGAAGGAAGCUGGGUGAAGGAGGACAUGUCCUUCAAGCUCAGCGCUUCAAGCGGCCUUAUCAUUACACCCUAUAGCUUGCCGCCCUUAUUAGAUGACGAGGGUCCUUCGAAUGGGCCCUCGAAUGAGAGUAAACCAAAGCUUGAUUUUUAG